UAGGAUGUUACUGUUGAAUAAGCAUUAAAGUAACCAGUCACAUCUAUAUAUAAGGCGUUAACAUCUGAGGUAUCCCAUAAACACAGCGAUUGUACUGUUUGGUUGAUCAUUUGGUGUUACUCUUUGGGGGUAUUCAAGUUCCAGCAAUGGCAGCGGUUCAUGGCAGUUGGGUUAAGCUUGAUCAAAAGGGAACUGGGCAAGGAGCAAGAAGUUCCCAUGCCAUUGCCAUAGUAGGACAUAAAGUGUAUGCAUUUGGUGGUGAAUUCGCGCCACGUGUCCCCAUCGAUAACAAGCUACACGUGUUCGACCUAGAGACUUUGACCUGGUCAGUUGCCGAUGCAUCAGGGAACAUCCCACCGCCACGUGUUGGUGUCACAAUGGCUGCAGUUGGAGACACCAUCUAUGUAUUUGGUGGAAGGGAUGCUGAGCACAAUGAACUUAACGAGCUCUACUCUUUUGACAUUAAGUCCAACAAUUGGGCCUUGAUUUCAAGUGGUGAUGUUGGGCCUCCUCACCGGAGCUACCACUCCACUGCCGCUGAUGACCAACACGUGUAUGUCUUCGGCGGCUGUGGGGUGGCCGGUAGGCUCAAUGAUUUGUGGGCCUUUGAUGUUGUUGACAACAAGUGGGUGGAGUUUCCUUCUCCUGGGGAGACUUGCAAGGGAAGAGGUGGGCCGGGCUUGGCGGUGGCCCAGGGGAAAAUAUGGGUUGUGUAUGGGUUUGCUGGACAGGAAAUGGAUGAUGUUCAUUACUUUGAUUUGGGCAGCAAAACCUGGGCCCAAGUUGAAACGACUGGGCAGAAGCCCACGGCCCGUAGUGUGUUUUCCAAUGUUAGUGAUGGGAAACAUGUGAUUGUUUAUGGUGGGGAAAUAGACCCUAGUGACCAAGGUCACAUGGGUGCUGGCCAAUUUUCUGGUGAGGUUUAUGUGUUGGACACUGAGACACUGGUGUGGGUUAGGUUAGAAGACAAGGUGGAAUCCGGUGGCCAUCCCGGACCUAGGGGGUGGUGUGCAUUUGCUGGUGCUCAGCGAGAUGGUCGAGAAGGGUUACUGGUUUAUGGUGGCAACUCUCCUAGUAACGAUAGGCUUGAUGACAUUUUUUUCCUUGCUCUUUCUCAAGGCUAGUUUGGUGUGAAUAAAUGUCAGUUAUUAUGUGAAUGUGUGUGCAUGAUGGUAAGAGAACAAUAUGGCAUGUAAACAUUGGAAUCUUGGGUAAUUAACGUUUUCAGUUUGUGAAUGUGCUGGAAUAAAUCAAGUUGUGAUAAUUGCUAUA